UCAAAUUUGUUCUCCGAAAUUGUGGAAUUUCAGUGAAUGAUUCAACUUCGAAGACGUACCCACAAACAGAAUGAGUUUGAGCAUAACUUGUUUACAGAGCGUAGAAUUAUCGAGCAAAAUAAGAAGGGUGAUCUUGAGCACUCUCAGCAGGUUGGGAGUUUAUUAGAGUUGACAAAGGCACUCGAAGUAGAAGAAAGAGCGAGUGGCGUAGCAGAAAGAAAGUUGCAGAAUGUUGUGAAGCCUACGAAACUAUAUAACCACAGCUCAGUUGAAAGAGUCGAAAAGCCUCGCACUGGCUUAGCAUACCUGUUCGUAAUCUUACUUGCUGUCAGUGUGUUUUAUUCAAGGCAGACUUUAAGGUAUCAGAGAUUUGCAGAGUUAACACUUCCAACUUCGACCAAGAAGAACUUGAAGCAACCUGAGAUAGCAGUCAAUAUGCAUAUUCAGUUAACCGGUUUACGUUGGGAAGUUCCCCGGCAUUUAUUCAAGAGAGAGACAGAUUUUUUCAAAAGACGGAAAGUUGUCUUUGUUGCAACCUCUGGGAGAACGGGAACAGGUUUUCUAUCCAAACUUUUUUCACUCACGGAAAACACUGUUUCUCUUCAUGAGCCUUGGCCACGUUUGGAAGGAAGAGACUUGGAGAAAUCUUUAUUGCAGAAGGGAGCAGCAGAAAGCUCAAAAAAGGAACGGAAGUUGAAGAAAGUUAGACAAAUAGAACAGAUUUUGUCUUCAAGUUCUCCCACUACCAGUUAUGUCGAAACGUCUCACAUGUUUAUCAAAACGAUGGCAGACUUUCUACUCGACGAGCUUGCUUCAUCUGAGAAAUUUUUUAUUUUAAUAUUACGACGGAAUCUUGUCGCCACCAUAAAUAGCCAAUAUACACUUGGUUGGUUUCAACCUGCUCACAACGGAUAUAAGAAGUGGUACUAUGGUAUUCACGAUGUUUCGGAGGAAAGCAGAGUACUAGUUCCCGAUCGGCCUGAAAGUGAAUAUGACGUUGUGGACAAGUUGAUAGGCUACAACCUUGAUAUUGAACUUCGAAUUCAAAAGUUAAUUUUGUAUUUGAAGUCGCAGCCUCAGAAAUAUUGUCAUGUGCAUAUUAUUCCGAGUUCACUAUCGAACAGGAAAAAAUUCCAUGGAUCGAACAGUUGCCUCGAAAUGAAAGAGUACAUCUAAAGCAAAAACGAAGGCUGGAACCUUUGC